UGUGUCUUUUCAGCUCCGCGCACUGACAAUCCAACAAACCGAGACACAGGACGGGGGGAAACUGACGUCUCUGCAAUCUUCUGAGGAUUUUUAAUCACAACAUUUACAACUUUUUGUUUUUGUACCCAGUAAGAGGAGAUAACAAAUUCUGAUUUCAUUCGACCCAGUUUUCACCUGCUGCGUAUAUGGUUUAGAUUGAUUGGUGUAUUUUACAAACUGGAGCGACCAUGUGGUUAGUGGAUGUGUGAUUUGAUGAUUCUUCUUCUGCAGAUUCUUUUCUUCUUUUGUUGAAGCACAGUCACGAGAUAAACUUACUUUGUUUGGUCUUUUUAUGACACGUUGGAUGCUAAAGAUGUCCACAGUCGCUGCAGUUUAUGGGUUGUUUUCGAAAUAAGUUUAUCUUAUUAUUUUACAGGACACUUAACAGGUUCAGUCGGUAGUUUGGGAGCAUUUAUUUUCCUUUAAAACUUGGAUUAUUUGUAACCGGUCGGGAUGCUGACUUUAUUAGUCGGACUUUUGUAUCUGGUCAGCGGACGCGCGGUGCGGAGCCAGGAUGCUACAGGUAGCCGUUUCGUCUGUAACGCCAUCCCUCCGGGCGCGGAGCCGGGCUGCGGAUACAAUCCUACCGGGAACCGCGUUCAGAGUAGCACCCCCGUCGAGGACGAGCUGCGGAACACGAUCAUCCAGCUCCGGGAGACCAUCCUGCAGCAGAAGGAGACCAUCGUGAGCCAGCAGGGGACCAUCAAGGAGCUCAACUCCAAGCUGGCGCGCUGCGAGGCGGCGGCAGACGAGUCGACGCAGGGCAAGUCCCGGGGUCAGGGCUCUAGACGGAAGGAGCUCGGCAAGAACACCAUGGGGGACCUGCCCCGGGACCCCGGCGAGACCAUCGACCAGCUGGGCAAGACCAUGCAGAGUCUGAAGGGUCGGCUGGAGAACUUGGAGCAGCAGAGUCUGCGUCUCCCCACCACCAAUGUGUCAGCCGGGGGUGUCUCGGCCCUGGCCCCCCUGCCACCGGAGCUGAGGGAUCUGCUGCGGCAGCGUCUGGGGGCGCUGGAGACGCAGCUCCUCCGGAAGGUGGCUGAGCUGGAGGAGGAGAAGAGCCAGCUCUACAACGAAACAGCGGCCCACCGCCAACGCACCGAGAACACUCUCAAUUCCCUGCUGGAGAGGAUCACCGAGCUGGAGAAAAGUAACAGUGCCUUCAAGUCACCUGAGGACUUCAAGGUGUCCCUCCCUCUUCGUACAAACUACCUGUACGGACGCAUCAAGAAGAGCCUCCCAGAAAUGUACGCGUUCACCGUCUGCAUGUGGCUCAAGUCCAGCGCCAGUCCGGGCAUAGGAACUCCGUUCUCUUAUGGCGUGCCAGGUCAGGCCAACGAGAUAGUCCUCAUCGAGUGGGGGAACAACCCCAUCGAGCUACUCGUCAAUGAUAAGGUGGCCCAGCUUCCUCUGUCAGUGAGCGACGGGCGCUGGCAUCACAUCUGCAUCACCUGGACGACCAGAGACGGCUUCUGGGAGGCGUACCAGGACGGAGAGCGUCUAGGCACCGGGGACAACCUGGCCCCCUGGCACCCAAUUAAACCUGGAGGGGUGAUCAUCCUGGGCCAGGAGCAGGACAUAGUCGGCGGUCGUUUUGAUGCCACCCAGGCCUUCGUGGGCGAGCUGAGCCAGUUCAACAUGUGGGACCGGGUGCUGCGGCCCGUGGACAUCGUGGGUCUGGCCAACUGCUCCGCGUACAUGCCGGGCAACGUGGUUCCCUGGAUUGACGCUAAUGUGGAAGUGUUCGGCGGUGCGAGUAAAGCUGCGCUGGAGAUCUGUGAGGAUCGUGCUUUUGACUCCUAAAGGAUCUGAUGUAAGAGAUGUGUGUUUUCUGACUUUGUUGCUGCAGUGAAACCCCACAGGGAAGGGCAUCAGUGCAACAUUUCCACAUACUAAUGCUCUGACUGCAUAGACUCGAAGACUCAAUGUUUAUUGGACUCAUAUGUUGAUGUGUCAGUUUGAACCCCGAGGACGCUGCAGGAGACUUCAAAUUAGUCCGCGCAUCUGAAGAAGCUAUGCUGUUGCAUCAGUCAGCUGUGUUGAUGUGACCUCCUGUCAUUCUGUGUUAUCUCGUCACCUCUUUGAAAAAAAAAAAAAAAAGGAGAAGCUCUUUUUGGUUUGAUAUCUGCUACUGACAAUGCUGCACUGUAUCCGUGGUGAAUGUGAGCUGGAGCAAGCUUUGAUGUGCUGAGGAACACUCUCUCUGCGUAACACGGGAGAGUACUACACGCUGUGAGCUCGCUGAUGUUUAAAGAGCAAUGAGGCACCGACCAAAUGAGGUGGAUGCUCCAAAGGUUCAAAGUGGACGAGAGCAAACCCGUGUGGAGGGUUAUUUUUGAGACGUCCCAACGCGUCAGAAUGUCUAAAUUACAUGCAUGAGCUCGGUCAGUGAGAGUGAAAGUCAGUUUGAGAGUGACGGUGCAUGCUUUCUGUCACUACACAGGGUGCAUGUGGAGCGUCCAAACAAGCCAAUGCAGCACUCUGACAUUACAUAAGUGUGUGUGUGUGUGUGUGUGUGUGUGUGUGUGUGUGUGUGUGCUCAUGUGCGUAUGGCUCAUCUUGCGUGUAAAAAGAUCAGAGAUUAUGAGAGAGAGAGAGGACAUUUUCAUUCUUGUCAAUCUACGCUUAAUACCUCUCUGCCCCUUGAGCAGCUGCCAUGUCCCAAACAGCUUUAUGGAACGGGCUGGCUCUGCUCAGGUUAAUAGCGAUGUCGGACAGCUGCCCGGGUACUGGCGUAUAGACAAGAGCAGUGGGCCCAAGCCCAGAGCCCUGAGAGGGCAGGGACUGGAACUGACCUUCAAGGACAAUCCUUAAAUCCUCAUCUGGGUAGUAAUUAUCUGUGAUCAUGAGCGAGGGCGGCGGCUAGCAGCCGAAGCUAACUGUGUCAUUAUCGAUUCAUUUUUAAGACGUAGAGAGGAUGCCAAAUGGUAGCAGCUCUCUGUGGACGUUAUGAAUGUCGAUGUUGGAUGGACUUCGGUCUUAAUUGCCUCUCACUGAACAAGAAGAUUAGUUUUAAUCAAUGGAUAUAUAUUUGUUAAAAAAACAAUGGGAACUAAUGGAUUUAUUGUCACCGCUAAGUGAAAAAACUUGAUGCUAUUUGCAGCUUCAUUUAUGUUACUUCUUAAUGUUGUGGCGGACAUUUGUUUUUAAAGAUUUUCUAUUUGACAGACGGUAAAGUGCUAAUAUAAAGCAUGGUGCUGCAGUCUCAUAAGAACCAAUGUUGAAGAGGCAACAAAGACUUAAAAGCUUUGGUUUCAAUACUGAAAUUUCCUCACAGGUGAAAAAAGCUUGGAUCGAUGUUUUGAAAAAUGCAGUUAAAUUUAGAGUCGAAAAAAAAAAAUGAAUGCAGCAGGUAACAGGACAGCGCAGAAUGUUUUAAAAAUGAAUAGGACUUGUUGGAAAUGUUGCCAACAUUUUGUGAUUGUUCCUCUUUUGAGUGUCUUUGUCAAUGUUUCAAUGUAAAACCAAGACAAGUCUUUUCUGUAGAAAGUGUUUUUUUUUCUUUUUCUUGCUUUUUCUGCUUAUGAUUUUUGUCCAUUAGCAGCACAUUAUGAACAAAAAGAAAAGCUUGUAGGAAUGCUUUGUUGUUUUUUUUUAAUAUAGUGAAUGGCCUUCUUGUGAGAACUACACGUGCUUCUGCCUGUGGACAAUGUUUCUUUUUUUUUUGUCACAUUUUAAAGCACUGACGGCUCACUAGCAGCACAGACAAACGAGGGACUCGAGAAAAAGACCAAUGUGUUUUGCUAUCUUUGUUUUUAAAGUCACCUCUCUGCCAUGUGGUUGAAUGUUCUUUUGCACCCAAUAAAAGAAAAAGUGAACAAGUU